GUCCUCACUUUCCCGGGGGUGGCGGAAGUGUGGGCUACGGCGGCCGUAAUGGGACUGGGGUGCCUGCCUGUUACGGAGUAAGUGACUGGUCUGCAAGGGAGUCUCGUAACGCGCCUCCUUGUUUCGGUUUUGGCCGCGAAGGGAUGGGGACCCGAAGUGCAAGUCUCUCCGGGGACUGUCGGCCAUGAAAGGCAGAGACUCGGCAGGGAGCUCAGCACCUGCCAUCUCACGGGAACGCCUGCCGCCCGGCGGGCUCCGACUAGAGAUUGUGACUGAUCUAGAGGUUCUCUGAACAUUCACCAGGAUUUCUCAGGCCCAUUCUUCCUCCUCUUGCAACCAUGGAAAAUGAAGGAUGCUCCUCAAAGUUGUGAAGCCUCUACAACAGCACUCAGUACAGCUCGAAAGACUUCUCACUGCUAUGGACAGUGCUAUCACCUUGUGGCAGUUCCUUUUGCAACUCCUUCAGGAGCCUCGGAAGAAGGAUAUCAUCUGUUGGACCUCCAAUGAUGGAGAGUUCAAACUUCUGCAGGCAGAAGAGGUGGCUCGCCUCUGGGGAAUCCGCAAGAACAAACCCAGUAUGAACUACGACAAACUCAGUCGGGCUCUCAGAUACUAUUAUGUGAAGAACAUCAUCAAAAAAGUGAAUGGUCAAAAGUUUGUUUACAAGUUUGUGUCUUAUCCGGAGAUUUUGAAUAUGGAUCCACUAGCAGUUGGCAAGAUUGAGGGUGAUGGUGAAGUGCAAACAGGCUCUGUAGAUGCUAGCAGUGCUACAAAGGACAUGGAAAAUUGUGCAAAAGAGAAGCAUCAAUCCUGUGCAAAAUCCUCUAGCCGCAAUGACUAUAUCCACUCAGGCCUUUAUUCUUCAUUUACUUUGAACUCCCUGAAUUCCUCCUCAUGUGUAAAACUCUUUAAGCCAAUCAAGAUGGAAAACCCAACUGAGAAAUUGGCAGAGAAAAAAAUUCCUCAGGAUCCAACACCUUCGGUUAUAAAAUUUGUGACCAUGUCGUCCAAAAAGCCUUCAGUAUCUCCCCUUGCCUCUACUGCUCAACUGACCUCUACUGUAUCAGCUGCCUCUAUGCUUAGUUCUGGUUCAGAUGAAAGUCUCCAGGCCUUGGAAUCUCUAGUAACACCAAAAGUGGCUCCCAGUGAAACUGCAGAAUCCUUGCCAAACUUGACCACCAAUUUCACCCCUACACCUCCUGCAACCUCCAUUUCACCACCUCUUCAGGUUCCUUCCAGGUCUCCUUUGCCACUUUUAAAUUCCAAUCCUGAUCUGGUUAUAGACACAGACACUGAGUCUGUGGCUUGCCAGCAGCCAGAGCAUUCUCAAAACCAAGCCUUGGAGUUUAAAGAAAAGGAGCUUCGUCAUAGCCGAACUAGAAAGCCCAAAGGGCUGGAGAUUGCUCCCACUCUGGUCAUUACUGGCAGUGACCCAAGUCCAUUGGGAAUACUAAGCCCUUCUCUCCCCACGGCUUCUCUUACACCAGCACUUUUUUCACAGACACCUAUUUUGCUGACCCCAAGUCCCUUGCUCUCCAGUAUCCAUUUCUGGAGCACCCUUAGUCCAGUUGCUCCCCUCAGUCCAGCAAGAUUACAAGGUGCUAACACUCUUUUCCAGUUCCCAUCGGUGCUGAAUACACAUGGACCAUUUACUGUGUCAGGAAUGGAUGGACCUUCCACUCCUGGGCCUUUCUCCCCAGAUGUGCAGAAGACAUAGUGUAUGUCUUUGUGGGAAGAGGACAGAAUGGGUAAAAAAAAGAGGACAACAUUUAAUCAAGAAACACAUAAUCCAGUUUUCAAGGAGUGGCUUGUAAUUCCACAAACACACUAUAAACCGAGUUGACUUUUGCCAUUCCCAGUUCAAAUGCCUUUGCAAAAAUUCUCUUUGACACAUAAGGGAAUUUGUAUGAAAAUGCCUUAAUUGGAGACUCUUCUCCAUUGUUUUCCCUCUCCCCUGCUUCUUUUGGUCUAAGAAGGCUUCUCUUUGGUAAAGGGAAUAUUUUUUUGUAUGGAUGCAAUGACUGAAUUUGCAGAGCCUGAUAGCACAGACACAUUGUCUCUUAUGACUGAUAACCUUCCACUCCUGCUUCUUAUCUUUCACAUAAAACUAGUAAUCGUUUUUGGAAGCUGGCAUUCCAAGAAAUAGCUUUUUUAAGAGGCUUGAUUUUGGGAUUGAUAAUUUCUGUAUUACUCAUACAGGAAAAAGACCCUGUGUCAUUGUAAGGAGAAACUUUUGCAAUGGCAUAGAAGAGAAUUGGGUAAUCUCUUGAGGGUAAUAGCCUUUAUCCAGUUAUAGAUCUAGCUCUAUAUCUAUAUGGGAAAAUGUCAGUUCAUCUCCCAAGUAUUGUGUGUAAGCUUAAAUAGUACAGAAAUGCAUAGCUUGUGGAAUGGAUUGCUUUGAUUGUCUAGAAAUAUUUGAAUGUGUUAACUCUGAUAUUACUUGGUAGGCAAAAAAGGAAAGAAAACUUUAAAAAAUCCUCUGAUACUUAAUAGAGAAUAAUUUAAAUUAACAAUGCUAAUUGGAGAUUGUUGCAGUGGACUUGUUGUGCCCUACAGCUAAGUGUGUAUUUGACAUGCGGUGUGCAGUGUUGUCUUGCUGCUUGAUAAUGUCGUAUGUAGUUCCAGCAUUUGAGAAGUGAACGCUUGCAUUUUAUUCUUUAUUCUCUCUUUGACCAAUGAGGUACCCAAAGAAGAGGCAUUGCUUGGCUUAGCCCAAUAGCUCUGGGUGAUCCAUUUUUUCAUUUGAAUAUGAGUAAGAGCUGAACUAAAGUUUUCAGUGUGCAAAGCUUCCUUAAGCUAGAAAUAUUAUGCAGUUAUUACAAAAAGUUUCUGCUGAUAAGGAGGUUUUGGGUGGGAAAGGGCAGGUUGGCCCAAGCUGCCUGUAAUAUAAUAGAGCCAAAAAGCAACUUUCACCUGCACUUAGUCUUGUCACAAACCUCCCUGGGUGAUUUCUUUAGCCCAGUGGUAGUUAAGAGUAUCAGUAAUAUUAUGCUGGCUUUCUGAUGUGCAAGUCUUGCUUAUAGGUAAGAACAAAAAUGGGAAGAAUGAUGAUAAUGUGAUUAGGGAUGGCCACGCUCAAGUAGUUUUUUCUUAGUAGAAGGAGAUGCAUGAGAAACCGGAAUGUUUUUUCAGAAAUAGCACACUUAUCUCCUGACAGGUGUCAGGGCUAUCAGUUUCUGAAAGCACCUUAAGAUUUGUAGUGUAAAGUAGCUAUUUGUUGGGAAAUCAAGAGACAUACCAGCAGUGGAGUGUGAUAAAUGUCCUAUCAACAGAUGGGUGUGUGUUUAUGUAGGAGUGGUGGUGAUGGUGGUUGUUGACCUUAGGCAGUGUUAGCCAUCUGCCCAGUAAGAACAGAGGAUAGUUUAUGAUAGUUUUCCUAUCAUAACUGUAAUCAUGACUUUUAGUGGAAUCUUUAGCAGCAAAGAUGGCAUCUCCAGCGUAAGGCUAGAGAGAAGCUUGAAAUGCCUGCUCUGUAUCUAUCCCAUUUUAUAGUGAACAGGGAGAUUUCUACACGGUCACUAAGGCACUUCCACAAGAUUUGAGUUGAUUCCAAAGUGUGCACUUAUGUAUAAGGGUCCACCCAAGGUUGAGUCCAUACUAAGGAAGGAGACAGUUGCUUAAACUGUCUGCAUUGAUAUGGUAAACCAGAUCCUUUUCAGCAUUGUGAGGCAAUGUUCACAAGAACAGUGCAACAGUUAAGUUAUUGGACUGUCCUUAUAAAAACACUCCUAUUAAACAUCUGGUGCAAGGAAAAGAAUGUACCAGAGAAAUUACACACAGUUUUCUGUCUGUCACGUGAGAUGCUUUUGCUGAGAUGGAAUUGAAAGGCCCAUGCCUGUUGUACCUAAAUAGAAAGUGCAAUAUUUCAUAGUCGUUUCAGCAUAGACAUGCCAGAAAAUAACUGCGGUUAAUAAGAGAGUAUAGGCAUUCUGCAUUGUGAUAUUUGCACAGUGGUUUGUAUUCUGCCUUUAGGGCAAAAAAGAGCAGCACUUUUUAAGGGCAGUCAUUCUAGGCUGGCUGCUUAUUGCGUAGGAGAGAUUUCAAAAUGAUGAUAUUUGUUUUAAAUUUCUUCUUGCACACUAAAAGAAUAGUAAUUAAAUUAUUUGCCUCCCCUCCUCCUCUGACAGUAGGAAAACAUGGACUGCCUUUGUUCAACUAUUGUAGAGUCUUGUGUGCUGUGUGAUGCACCUGUGCAGUACCUAUACCUAGUUCUAUAAGUGAACCCCGCAAGUUUCCCCAAGACACUGAGAAGUUGCCUGACCAUUCUGAGGUUUAAGUGUUGUUCUGCUGUUCUUGGUGAUUGGAUGGAGCUUCAUUUUACAGAGAUUUUAUAUCUUUGUUCUUGAACCUCUCCCUUUCCCUCUCCUGUCUGCUUGCUUGUCUCAUCCUUGACACAUAGUUCAUUUGAAGGUUUGAGCUGAUGGGCUGCCUCUUGUUUGAUGGAUGCUUUAUAGUUAGGAGUGAGAGCUGUUAGCCAGAACUGGGAAUGGCUAAUACACUUGGCAUUGAGGAUUGUGAUCUUUGACAUUGUAGGUUCAAGCUUGUCUCUGCAACUAAGGGAGUAUUUUUUAAACAUUUCUGUUGGUGCAAGAUCUUUUGCAAUCAGUAUGGCUAAGAUCCUCAAUCUUUCUUGUUGGCCACUUGACCUGCCCUUCUCUUCAUCAUUUUUUUUAAAGUGAACCUGUGCCCUUGGCAGUUUUUUUCUGGUCAGUGAUCCCUUUUAGUGAAUCACAUACAGCCUUCUUCCUAUACUAGAAAGAGGCAGUGCAGUUCUUCUUUCACAGAAUUAGUCCUGAAAGAUCUGGGUUUAAAUCUUACAUGGUUUAAAAUAAUAAUAAUAAUCUUACUUGCUUUCAUGUAUAGCUUCCUUUUUACAGCAAAUUAAAUGUACAGACCUAUCAUUAUUUUACAUGAUAAGUAUUUUUAUACUGUUUGUACAGGCUGAAUUACAGUCUGGCACUUAAGCUAGGUCAAAAUCUUUUUUUAAUGUGUAUUGGAUUGAUCGUGCCUAAUUACAUUUUCUUAAAGCACCUAAAUUUUCUUGGUUAUGUGUCUAGUCCCUUUUGAUGGUUACAGAAAAAAAUCUGUUUUUUAUUGUGCAUAAUAUACUGUUAUGACUUGGUGUCUAAUGAUUCUUUACUUCAGCAACUAAUAUUUUGACAACCUUUUGGCUAUUCUAAAUUGUUCAUUCUCUGAUUGCCUUCAUGCAUCACUCCUCAGUCUUCUCUUCUUGAGGCUGAACAUACCCAGUUCACUCAAUCUCUCCUCAUAGGGCCUUUCCAGGCCUUGUAUCAUCCUUGGUGCCCUCCUCUUUCCAGCUUGUCUGCAUCUUUCUUAAACUGUGGUGCCCAGAACUGGACACAGUACUCCAGCUGAGGUCUGCUGAAUAUAGGAAUUAUUACUUCACUUGAUUUAGAAGUGAUAUUUCUGUUAAUGCACCUAACAUAGCAUUUAUAGCUACGUUGCAUUGUUGACUCAUAUUCAGCUUGUGAACUACAACAAGAUCUACAAGAAUUCCAAGAUUCUUCUCACUUGCAGUAUUGUUGAGCCAAGUAUUCCCCUUCUUCUAACAGUGCAUUUGGUUUCUUUCUGCUGGGUGCAGAACUUGGCAUUUGUCCCUGUUGAAUCUCUUUCUCGUUUUCAGCCUAGCGUUCCAACCGAUCAAGAUCACACUGAAUCUCCUUUCUGUCUUCCAGGUUAUCCUGUGCUUCCUCAUACAGAGCAUUAAUAAAAAUGUUGAAAAGCACUGGGCCCAGGACUUAGCCCUGAAGCAUCCCACUUGUUAACUCUGCUGUAAUGAUUAUGGAGCUGCUUAAUAGUUGUUCCAUCUAGCCCACUUUUUGCUAGUUUGCUAAACAGGAUAUUGUGAGGCACUUCAUCAAAAGUUUUGUCAACAUAGAUAAUGUCCACAGCAUUCACAAAGAGUAUUUUAUUUGUCUUCCUUCUAUACUCGUUCAAGUUAUUGCAGUCACCCUGUGUGCUAAUGGUCCCAACAUAAGAGCCCCCAACUGUCCAAGGUGUGUACUUCCUUCAUUUCUUCUGAUUAACACUUGGUAUUGUGGAAAAGCAGUAUCUGCUAUCAGUUAUCUUUUCUGCUCUUUAAUUACCAGUCACUAAUGCUCUGUAUUUUCCAGUAGGAAAUCUAGUUAGUGGAGCUAAUUUUGGUACACCGAUUCUAACCAUCUCUUGUCCUUCAAAAAGUAACAACAAAGCCCACUAGUUCCAAAUUAUUUGAGAAAGUAAGUGAAGUUGUGACAAACUAGCAAGUGGAUCGUAGUCACUUAUGGCAGAAGUGUCCAGCCUCUAGGGCUCAAUCUGGCCUACCUGGAGUCCCAGUCCAUUUUCCCAAGCUGGACAUCUGUGUAGGUAAGCUUGCAUUAGACAUUGCUUUACUGAAUCAGAUUAUGAUCCAUCUGGUUUGUCCUGUAGUUCAAGAAAUAUGCUGACCAGCAGGCACGAAUGGCCCACUUGUGCCCAUACUAGUUUAUAAUCAUUUAAGGGCACAAGCACACACAGGCUUUAGAAUCAAGGAAGGUACAAAUAUAGGAGUUUACUGGAUGAGUUAAACUUCUGUAUAUCAAAAUUUUCAGCCCUUCUAGGAUUCUGCAGUGCAUCACUUAGUUCUUACUGCAGUGAACCUCUGGUAACAAUGGAUGAUUGGUUGAUGGUGGCAGGUUGUAAUUAACACAUAUGAUAAUAGAAAAUUCAGGUAGUUUUAAAGCAGGUGGUGAGUGCAAAUCAUUCAGUAAGGGGCCUUUGUGCUUAAUACAAGUAAAAAUUCACUGCAUCUCCUUCUUGCCCCAACAAACAUGGUUUUGAAAUUCCGAUGUACAGAAGGCAGUUUGAACAUCUGUUUCCAAAAUGUGAACGUGGUUGGCCAUUCUUUCUAGUGCUGAUUUCCCUCCCUUCCCUCCAAACCUUUCAGAGUAAUAUAGAAUAUCAAACUGAUGAAGCUAAUCCAGUAGUUUGGACAAAACAGGAAAAAUAGGUGCACACGUUCUAUAGACAUAAGCAGGCCAGAUGGGCAUCUUGAUUCUACGUAUUAUUUAAGCUUGGAAGUGCUGUGCUUUUUAGAUGCAGCUUUUAAAAUGUUUUGCACUUUUGCAGGAUUUCGAGUGGAAUCAGUUAUGCCACAUUAUAGUUCCUGAAACAUACUGAUAUUCUAUGACAUUUUCUCCCAUUCACAUGUUUGUCAUUUUAUAACCUGAAUGGUUGAAAUGCUUAUCUGUUGCCACAAGAUUGCAAUAGGCCUUUGCUUGAUCGUGGCAGCUAAACUUGCAAAGUUAGACUUUGCUUUGUCGCUCUCUUCCAUGUCUCAUGGUAGCUGGCGCUUAAAGUCAUUGAGUGUACGCACCCUUACUCAAAUGAUAACCAAGGUUAAAUGUUGGAGGCUAUAUUUUCAUAUCCCGUGAAAGAUAGAUUUGAAAUGGCCAACUCAGAAUCCAUGUCUGAGCUAAAUUCCAAACUGCUUGGAGUCAACAUGUUCUGCACUGGCAUACAUGAGAGCUGAUAAGGAAUACAGACCUUCCUGUAGGAGAUCUUUGAGCAGGAAGAACAUAGAGGUCUUGCUGGAUCAGGCUGAUGGUCUGUUGGCAUCUUAUAUUCCAUGUUAAUCAACCAGAUGCUACCAAAGAGCAUAAAAGCAUAGCAUGAAGGCAGUUGUACGCCCUUGCUGUUGAUGGCUAAGAAUUGGUAUUCAGUGCACCUGAACUAGGAAAGGUUUCAUUGCUGUCAAUAGGGUCUUCUUCACAAAUCUUCUAGCUGUCUUCUAAGGCUGUCUUCAUAGCUGGUCUUUAGAAAGUUUGUCAUGUUUGUGUAAUUAGGAAUGAACGUAAAUGAACAGGUUUAGUAUGUCUGUUGAACUAGGAGCUAUCUUCUUCACAAAUAUGUUCUGAAGUGUAGCUUUAGAGUUUGACUUUCAGUGUUGAAAUAUUACGUGCUAAAAAUAGUUUUUAAUGAAUAUGAUGUCAACCUUGUAUGGCAAAGUCUAGUUCUAAAUAAAAUUUUAAAUAGAUUUUUUAAUUUUCACUGCAGUUACCAGAUGGCCUUAUGUACAUCACAGUGGGAUAGGUACAGUAGCAUACUUAGAAAUAUAGAAAAAGAGCAAGUCAGAAGGGGUCGCAUGGGCCAUCUAGUCUGACCCCAGCUCCAGUCAGCUCUGCUCAUGUAAUGCCUACCAUAAUGAAAUACUUAAAGCUUUUCUUCUCUGUGUUCAUAGUGUUUGCAUCUUGUAAAGAUAUGCAAAGAGAAACAAGAGGUUGUGAAAAGUGGAGGAAGCUGAGGACAGAGUAUAUAUUCUUUGGUGUUUGUAAGCUGUCCUGAGAUGCCACGCAUAGAGGACAGCAUAUAAAAGUUUUAAAUAAAUAAAUAAAUAUCUCUUGAUGGAGGAGGAAAUUCCUAGAAAAUGACAACUAUUAGAAUUACAUUUAGUGAAGGAUAUGGCAUGGUUAUGCAGGUCCAUUCAGUUAGCCUGCUGUUUGUGUGCACUCAUGCUUGUGUGUAUAUGCAUGUAUAUGCACAAGUGUUUAUUCUGUAGAACAUUGUGGGAGAGAGGAGGUUGGAGGAGCUCACUGAACCAUCUAGCAUCUCUGUUGUUCAGAGAUUACACCCCUUGCUAUAUUCUCAUGGUUCUAGGUUUUUGCUGGAUUUGGUCUGGUGCCACAGGGCAAAGCAUGUUGCUGAAGUUGCCAUUUUACUUAUAAUACACAGUUGGUUUCCUGGUCUUUUCUGUGCUAUAGGGUUACUGUUUGCAGGGAAGUGUCCGCUUUUACCCAAUAUGCAUCUGGCACAAAAAAAUGGUUUGUCAAGUCUUUACCUUCUAACUGUAGAUGUGAUAAUCCUCAGUCUAGGCUAACAUACAAGAACAAGUAAAUGGAGUGGAUUUGCUUUCACUGCCCAGAGUAUAGCACAGCGAGCUUUAAGAAGGGAAAGGGAUUUCUCAUUCCAGGUCCCUGACCUCCCAAGGCUUUUGCACUGUUCUUCAUAGAGGAAGUAAAAUCAGCUCCAGUGCCUCCUCCUGCCUCCCAGGAAGAAUUUGGGCUAGCGUGGAGUAAGGUGGGCCUUGGGCUUCUUUGGUCAUUUUGCACCAGCCUCAAAUAUCCAGAGUUUGCACAUCAAAAAAGAAAGCAUACGCACCUUGGAUGUGUUGUCUUUGAGGAUAUGGCUAUGUUGUCUAGUCAGGAUUUCUUGAUAUCUGGCAAAUGUUUUGCUUAUUGCUACAAUAGUCGUGUGAAGUUAGCUGGGAAAAGUAGCUUGGAGUCUUGCUCUUUUAUAUAAUUGAAAAGCUGAACUCUUUUAUAUAGCCAGUAUGUUAAUGCCAUUGUGUAAAUGCUGGUAUGUAAUGCAAUUGCAUAAAUAGCCAAAGUGCUACGUAACUUUUCAGUAUUAUUGUCUUGACUAGAAGCACCUCUGGGUAAGAUAUUAGGAAGGCCUUCAUAAUACUGAGAUGUUAGAAAGGGAAGAAAAUCUGCUAAUUGAGAAAUGUUUUUAUUAAGGCAGUGUUUGAAAUUUGACCAAGAAUUCUACAAAGUUAGUCUUAAAGUGUUUUAGGACUGCACAGCAAUGCCAUUUUAUGGAUUUGCUUUGCUUUGAAAGGUUAGUGUACAUCCAACCAUAAUGAAGGUCUUUCCUGAGAAAUCAGGUGACAUUUUCUACUGCUUAGACUUUUGUGGCAAUCUUUUUUUUUUUCUAAAAAGAAGUGUUGGGGGGGAAGUGCUAAAUAUUUUGUUUAAGAACUGACAGAGGAAUUUGCUUUGUAUAAUAAUGCAAGUUUGCUUAAACAUUGUAGCAAAUCAUGUUAAUAAGUAUGUGCAACCAGACUUGCAAAACAGUUGUAUUUUUCUAAAUAAAUAUUUUUUAACAAA